AAAAGCCUUAGCCUCAGCCCGGGUUGCCUGUGCAGCCCUUGGUAAGCAAUAUCCGACGUACGGACUUGGACUUUGGAUCAUCAAAAUAACGUUCCUUGGAUUGCAUCUGGGUCUGCGGCCGCAGUUGGAUUGGAUGCUGGUGUGGAAAUUGAGAUAUCCGGGUGAAUCAGAUCUUUCUUUCAAUAGUAGCUUCAAAAAUGAAGGUCAGAGGGUUCAGCUGGUGAAAAAGAACCGAACACCUCGAAGGGUCAACUCUGAUUUCAGUGGGUCCUCUGUGGGCCACAGGGCGGGCGACCUGCUCCACCGUGGACCUCGCAGGGUGUCCGGUGAGGAAUGCAAUGGGAUCAAUAGCAUGUCGGCGGAGAGUGGCCCUGGAACGAGACUGAGAAAUUUGCCGGUAAUGGGGGAUGGACUAGAAACCACCCAAAUGUCUACGACGCAGUCACAGGCUCAACCCCAACAAGGCAGUGCUGUAGGCGUUAAUCCCCCUCCGCCGGAGACCUCCAACCCCAACAAACCCAAGCGACAGACCAACCAGCUGCAGUAUCUGCUCAAGGUGGUGCUGAAGACGCUAUGGAAGCACCAGUUUGCGUGGCCUUUCCAGCAGCCCGUGGAUGCCGUCAAGCUGAACCUCCCUGAUUAUUAUAAGAUAAUUAAAACUCCGAUGGAUAUGGGAACAAUAAAGAAACGCUUGGAGAAUAACUACUACUGGAACGCUCAAGAAUGUAUCCAGGAUUUUAACACGAUGUUUACAAACUGCUACAUCUACAAUAAGCCAGGGGAUGACAUAGUCUUAAUGGCAGAAGCUCUAGAAAAGCUUUUCCUGCAGAAAAUCUCCGAAAUGACCCAGGAGGAAACGGAAAUCGUUAUAGCCCAGACGAAAGGAAGAGGACGUGCAAGGAAGGAAGCAGUGACAUCCAAACCAGGAUCAUCCACAGUACCAAACGCAACCCAAGCAUCGUCCCCGGCGCAGACACAGGCGCCGCAGCAAAACCUCCAGUCUGCGCAGACGACUCAUUCCUUUCCUUCCGUCACCCCCGACCUCAUCGUCCAGACCCCAGUAAUGACGAUGGUGCCUCCUCAACCUCCUGCGCCUCCUCCGCCUGCUCCCCAGGCCCCCGCACCGCCAGCUCCGGCUCCCCAGCCCAUCCAGACUCACCCUCCUGUUAUCCCAACACCCGCCCAGCCCGUGAAGACAAAAAAAGGGGUGAAGAGGAAAGCAGACACCACGACACCAACAACCAUCGACCCAAUUCAUGAAUCGUCAUCGCUGCCCGCCGAACCCAAGUCCACCAAGCUGGGUCCACGCCGGGAAAGCAGCCGCCCGGUCAAGCCUCCAAAGAAGGACGUUCCAGACUCUCAACAACACGUGGUAGAAAAGAGUAGCAAAAUAUCCGAGCAGUUAAAAUACUGCAGUGGGAUCAUCAAAGAGAUGUUCGCCAAGAAACACGCUGCCUAUGCCUGGCCCUUCUACAAACCUGUGGAUGUGGAAGCACUGGGACUGCACGAUUAUUGCGAUAUCAUUAAACAUCCCAUGGAUCUGAGCACAAUCAAAUCUAAACUGGAGAACCGGGAAUACCGAGAUGCUCAGGAAUUUGCGGCGGACGUACGAUUGAUGUUCUCCAAUUGCUAUAAAUACAACCCCGCUGAUCACGAGGUGGUGGCCAUGGCACGGAAGCUGCAGGAUGUGUUCGAAAUGCGCUUUGCCAAAAUGCCGGAUGAACCAGAAGAACCUGUGAUUCCAGCUUCUUCUCCCGUGGUGGUGCCACCUCCCACCAAGGUGGCUCCCCCUUCAUCUAGCGAUAGCAGCAGUGAUAGUUCCUCCGACAGCGACAGCUCAUCGGAUGAUUCCGAGGAAGAGCGAGCUCAGCGGUUAGCGGAGCUCCAGGAACAGCUUAAAGCAGUGCAUGAACAGCUUGCAGCCCUGUCCCAGCCACAGCAGAACAAACCAAAGAAAAAAGAGAAAGACAAGAAGGAGAAGAAGAAAGAGAAGCACAAAAAGAAGGAAGAGCUGGAAGACACCAAGAAAAGCAAAGCCAAGGAACCGCCACCCAAGAAGGCCAAGAAAAGCAACAGCAACAGCAGUACCUCCAGUAAGAAGGAGCCUGUGACGGUGAAGAACAGCAAGCCCCCUCCAGCCUACGAGUCUGAGGAGGAGGAGAAGUGUAAACCCAUGUCCUAUGAGGAGAAGAGGCAGCUGAGCCUGGACAUUAAUAAACUCCCCGGUGAGAAACUGGGCCGAGUUGUCCAUAUCAUCCAGUCGAGAGAACCCUCGCUCAAAAACUCCAAUCCUGAUGAGAUUGAGAUUGACUUUGAGACGUUAAAACCAUCCACUUUACGGGAGCUGGAGAGAUACGUAACGUCGUGUUUACGGAAGAAGAGGAAACCUCAAGCGGAGAAAGUGGAUGUAAUUGCUGGUUCCUCUAAAAUGAAGGGGUUCUCCUCCUCAGAGUCUGAGAGCACCAGCGAGUCCAGCUCCUCCGACAGCGAAGAUUCAGAAACAGGUUAGACGCAGCUUAUUUAACGACUCAGUCCUAGACCUGGUUUCUGUAUAAAUAAAUAUGUUU